UUCUUCCGACAUUUCACAUGACCAUGGGUGGAUCAACCCAUUUCUCUGUUUUCUUACUCGUCGCCAUAAUUUUACUCUGUUCUUCCAGCAAAACUGUAAAUGCAACUUGCUAUGCAAGUGAGAAACAAGCUCUUAUGGACUUCAAGAAAGACUUGAAAGAUCCCUCUGGUAGACUCUCGUCUUGGAUUCACGACAUUGAUUGCUGCAAAUGGGAAGGAGUUGUUUGUAGCAACCGAAGUGGCCGCGUCAUUCAACUUCACCUUCAGUGUCCUGUUGGUGAAAUUGAUGAUUUUGGUAAUGAGGAAAUAUCACCAUUAAGCGGUAAAAUCAGUCAUUCGUUACAAAAUUUGACUCACUUGCGUUACCUUGAUCUAAGUCUAAAUAAUUUCAGUGGAAUUCCAAUUCCCAGUUUUUUUGGGUCUCUCAGAAGUCUAAGGUACCUGAAUUUAUCUGGAGCUGGAUUUCAAGGAAUGGUUCCCUAUCAGCUUGGAAACCUGUCAAGUUUACGCACUUUAAGCAUAUCAGCUUGGCAGCCUCCUACUCUCCGAGUUGAUAACCUGCAAUGGUUGGCUGGUCUCUCUAAUCUGGAGCACCUAGACAUGAGUCGCGUGAACCUUAGUCUAGCGUCUAAUUGGCAAGAGGUGAUUAACACGAUCCCUUCUCUGGUAGAGAUACAUUUUCCCUCUUGUCAACUUGAUUUAAUUUCUCAUCAUCUUGGCAGAGAUACAUUUGUCUUCCAUGCCAACUUUUCUUCUCUUACUGUCCUAGAUCUUUCUGGAAAUUUUAUUGGAUACGUCAUCCCUAGAUGGAUUUUCAGUCUUACUGCCCUUGCUUCUCUUGAUUUAAGUGAUAACUCGUUUAAAGGCCCAUUGCCUAGAGGUUCUUGGAACUUGACUUCCCUCCAACACUUGGAUCUUUCUUUCAACCAUCUGAAUGGUUCACUACCAGAUGAGCUUAUUCAUCUUAACAAUCUCACUUCCCUCAACCUUGGCUGGAAUCAUUUCGAAGGCUCCUUGGAUGGAAUUUGGAAUUGGAGUUCCCUUACAUCUUUGGAUCUAUCAUACAAUAACUUCACUACCUUCCUCCCAAGCCAAUUAUCCACUUUAACUGCCCUAAUUUCACUUGAUCUUGCCACCAACCACUUUCGAGGUUCUAUCCCAAGCUCUAUUGCCAACAUUUCCAAACUUCAACAUCUUGAUCUAUAUGAUAACAACCUUAGCUCCUCUUUACCAAGUGAAGUAUUCACAUUGAAGGACUUGAUUUCACUUGAUACAAGCGGUAAUCACUUGAAUGGUCCAAUUCCAUACGCAGUUGGCAAUUGUACCAAUCUAGAAAUCCUUUCGCUAUUUGAUAAUGCUCUAUCUGGUUCAGUUCCAUCAAAUUUAGGAAAACUGUCAUCCUUGGAGCACUGGGAUGUAUCUAACAACAAACUCACUGGAACUCUUCCUGAAAGUUUUUGGCAGCUUUCCAAACUUGAAGAUCUUCGUAUUCACAACAAUUCAAUGGAAGGCAUUGUGAGUGAGAGUCACUUAGAUAAUCUGUCAGCUUUAUGGUAUUUUGAUGCAUCUGGAAACUCCUUGACCUUAAAAGUAAGUGCAAGUUGGACUCCUCGUGCCCAAUUUGAAGUACUUCGAUUGGGCUCGUGGAAGCUGGGUCCCCAAUUUCCUACAUGGAUCCGAUCACAAAAAAUCCUUUCGGAUUUGAACUUGUCCUUCACCGGAAUUUCAGAUACCAUUCCACCUUGGAUAUUCAACUCAUCAUUGGGAUAUAUAGACUUCUCUCACAAUCAACUCCAUGGAGGCAUCUCUCACGCUUUGUGUGAAGUGAAAAAUGAAAAUCAAGUUCUUUGGUAUCUGGAUCUUGGGGAGAAUUCUCUAUCAGGAGAAAUUCCUGACUGUUGGAUGAAUUACCCACACUUGGAACGGAUUGACCUCAACAGCAAUAACUUCACUGGAAGCAUUCCAAGGUCAUUGUUUCUUUUGGAAGAUCUGGACUAUUUGGGCUUGGGUAACAACAGUCUAACUGGUCCGAUAACCUUUGACUUUGUAAAUCAUGAAUAAAUAAGUUUGAAAUUUGGCCUCCAAAAUUUCUCCUUUUUUUUUUUUUUUUUCAAAUUUAGGACAAUAGACAAUAGUUCAAUAAUUCUCAUGGUCAAAAUCAAUAUACCUUCAGCCAACAGUUUUUACUUUGCAUUUU